AUAAUUCGCAUAUUUCACAACUACACAGUAUUUUUCGUCUUUCAUUUUCCUCUCGUUGCUAUCUUAAGUUUUAAGAAUAUUCAAAAAACAUUCAAGUUUUUUUAAGUUAUGAAUCCCUCAGCUCCAAGUUAUGAUUAUGUUUCAAAAUCUCCACUGCCUGAUUACGGCGAAAAGCCGACAACUGGAAUCCCUGUGGCAGCAGCGAGCUAUGCUCCUCAGUUUCAAGCUAAUCAUAAUCCUGGAACUUGGUCCACUGGACUCUGUGACUGUUUCUCCGAUGUCUCUAACUGUUGCAUAACUUGCUGGUGUCCCUGUAUUACAUUUGGACAGAUUGCAGAGAUCGUCGACAAAGGAACAACUUCUUGUGGGGCAAGUGGAGCUAUUUAUUUCCUAAUAGAAGCAUUAACAGGGUGUGGAUGCAUCUAUUCAUGCUUCUAUCGCACAAAGAUGAGGAAACAAUACAUGUUGCCAGAGAGCAGUUGUGGAGACUGUAUGCUUCAUUUCUGCUGUGAAUGCUGUGCUUUGUGUCAAGAGUACCGUGAGCUUAAACACCGUGGCUUUGACAUGUCUAUUGGUUGGCAGGCAAAUAUGGAGAACCAAAACAAAGGAAUCGGGAUGGCUCCGGUAGUUCAAGGAGGAAUGACUCGAUAAAUGGAUAGCUUCCUUUUGACUUGUUCAGUGUGAUAUAUUAAUGCUCUCUUUUUGUCGUUUUUCUUUUACUUAUUGGGGGAGGAUAUUAGUUCCAAGAUGUAAUAUUGGUUGUCGAGUGAUGUAUAAUAUGAAUAUUUUCUUUACUGUUCUUCUUUUUCCUUAUGUCUUUUAUAUUCUUUUUCACUUUCUAUGA